AUGCGCUUGAAGCACACAAUCUUCCAUGAACCUCAAGCAGCUCCGAGAAGCACUGACAGUCAUCAUGAGCAUUGGGUGGCGGAGGGACUGGCCAUGGUCUGCAGGGUGAGGGCCCCCUCUCCCCCCGGGAAGUCCUCCAGGGCUGGAUUCAGCUUGGAUCCGGAGCUCCUGCCCACGAGGCCACCUUCGCUCUCUCUCCACCCAGGGAUGGCUGCCACUCUGGGCCUAAACCACAGCUCCGUGUCUGAAUUCAUCCUCGUGGGCUUCUCCACCUUCCCACCUCUCAUCCUGCCUGUCUUCUUCCUGCUGUUCCUGCUCAUGUACCUGUUCACACUGCUGGGGAACCUGCUCAUCAUGGCCACUGUCUGGAGCGAGCGCAGCCUGCACACGCCCAUGUACCUCUUCCUGUGUGCACUGUCCAUCUCUGAGAUCCUCUAUACCUCAACCAUCACCCCACACCUGCUGGCCAACCUGCUCUCCUCCCACUGCACCAUCGCCUUUGCAGCCUGUGCCAGCCAGAUGUUCUUCUCCUUCACAUUCGGCUUCACCCACUCCUUCCUUCUCAUCGUCAUGGGCUACGACCGCUACGUGGCCAUCUGCCACCCUUUGCGCUACAAUGUGCUCAUGAGCCCCCACGGCUGCACCUGCCUGGUGGCUUGGUCCUGGGUUGGUGGUUCCAUCAUGGGGCUGGUGGUGACCACAGCCAUUUUCCACCUCACCUUCUGUGGACCCAAUGAGAUUCACCAUUUCUUCUGCCAUGUGCCGCCUCUGGUGAAGCUGGCCUGUGGAACUGAUGUACCAAUAGUGGCCCAGGGCGUGGGCCUGGUGUGCAUCACUGCCCUGCUGGGUUGCUUUCUCCUCAUCUUCCUCUCUUAUGCUUUCAUCGUGGCUGCCAUCUUGAAGAUCCCCUCUGCAGAGGGCCGGCACAAGGCUUUCUCCACCUGUGCAUCCCACCUCACUGUGGUGGUCGUGCACUAUGGCUUUGCUUCUAUCAUCUACCUCAAGCCCAAGGCUCCCCAGUCUCUGGAAGGGGACACUCUGAUGGGCAUCACCUACACAGUCCUCACACCCUUCCUCAGCCCUAUCAUCUUUAGUCUCAGGAACAAGGAGCUGAAGACUGCCAUGAAGAAGACCUUCCUCAGCAGACUCUAUCCCCAGAGCUCCUGA